UACAGCUUAUUUAGUUCAAUCUCUGCUGUUUCAUUGGGAAAGGGUGUAAGUUCAUAACAAGUUAAAGUGGUAAAGGAAACACUUGAGUCGCUUUGUCUUUAUUGGCUUCAUGCUCAAAGUGAAAGAAAUAUCAAUUUAACCACAAUCUACUGUAUUGAGGUGAAACUAACAUUUAGAUUAAAAUGGUUAAAAAGGUUUUACUGAUAGGAGUUGAGGAAUAAGAUAGGAAGCAGGUUGUGACCAGAUGUCGAAUACAUACUUUUGAAUUUUCCAAAGUAGAACAUUUUGUUGGAAACACCACCUGAAGUAGUGUUUAGUUGUAAAUUGAUGUGUGUUGUAGUUCUCAUAAAUAACCUUUUUACUAAAUGUUUUUUUUUUACUUCCGCUUGUGUGCAAAGGUGACAGUUGCUUGAAGUGAAAAUUCAUGGAAAUAUUUAUUGUAUGUGUAUCUUUCCUGCAUUUUCCAGAGAAACGUUUUUCAGUUUUGGAGCAAGGUAAUGCUGCGUCUCACUCUACUAAGUCAUGGCUUUUGUAAACUCUUGGUGUGAAUGCUUGACUGAACUUCAUGUUCAUGAAUUGAAACCUUUCUGCCCUUUGACCCUUACCUCCAGCUAGUGUCUGUAAUUGAAAACUGAUAUCUUGUUGGUCCACUCAGAGCCAGCAGCAGUCUCCUAGGAGUUCAGUCAAUCACUAACCCUUUAAUGCAAAAAACUAAAAGUGACAUCUGAUAAAACACAUUUUCACAGGCAACGCUGUGACUCUAGCCAUGUAAGCAAUAUUUUCCUUCUUCCAAAACGAUUAAGAGUUAGGUAGCCAGGUACUUUCAAGGUAAACAAUGUUAUACUUUGUUUGUGAUUGAGUAUUAGAGGUGAGUCAAAACAAGUAAAUAACUGUAACAUGUUAAGUCAGUCUCUCCACAGCUUGUUGUUGUUCGAUGAGGCAAAGACACUGCUUGUGACCAGGUUUGAGAGACAUCUCCCUGAAUUCUACAAAGAAGGACAUGGCUGACUGAAAGACCACAAGUAUUUUGACUUGGAGGUUUGUAGAUAAAGCUUUUUUAAGUCACUCAACAGCUAUUUUGGUUUCCACUGAAUCUAAAGUGUAUUUAUUGUUAUUUUGCAGGUCUACGUUCCAUGCAAUGUGAGGUUGGAUAACGUGCUUUUUUAGAAUUAAUUGUUGUGAUUAGAUGUUAUAUUAGGGUAGCCACGUGUUGUACAGUGACUGGUCGAGAUGAUACAUGCUUUUCACUUGUUAUAAUUGGAAGCAUUUGAAGGAUAAAAGGUUUAUGUAAAACAAACAAACAAAAAAAACAACAACUAGAUAAUUAGAUCCUACAUAAAUCUGCUGCCCUCUCUGGCACACACACACACACACACACACACACACACACACACACACACACACACACCGCCCACCCCUGCAUGCAUUAUGCUAAUGAGCAGGUGAGUCUGUUCUCGAGUCGCUGCGGAGCCGCAGGUGCUGAUGAGGCGGAUGGAGCAGCGCAGAGAGCAGCGGGACUUCACGCCGAGAAUCUUCAUCAGGUGAUGCUGUCCAAACCCGACUGACGGGGAUCCGCGAAACACGAAUGGAUCACUAUUUAGGACGCAGCUGGAAAAGGCUCUUUCGGUCCUUAUCUUUGUUUUUCGUCUUUAUUUAUCAAGCUCAUAUUUCUUGGUGUGCCGAGAGGGUAAAUGUUUCUCACAGGAAUGCAUUUAAUAGCAGCGGGAGAAGCAGUAUAAAGCAGCAGAAAUGGGACACCGCUUCCCAGGGAGUGCAGGACCUCCAACAAACAUCUGCUGGGCUAGAAAACAACACAUCUUCCUCCAAACACCCAGUGGUCAGCUGGACUGCCACGUACAAACUGACGUCCUCAAGCACAGAGAGGACCUUAACUUCUUCAUGGACUCUCAACUUUAACCAGACACAUGGAAAUUCAGUAAACUCUAGUCAAAUGCAAUCCAGAGCAGUAUCAUCAGGCAACAUAACACCUCCCAGCAAACUGCACACUGCUACCACAUCGACCAAGCCGUCACCUGUACACACACAAGUUAGCACAAGUCACAAGUCACCAAGAAGGACAGAAGUCUCCAGUCAAUCAUCAACUUCCACAACAUCAGCCAGUACAGUGACUCGUCAGUCAACAUCGAGCACAGCAACACUAACCCAAUCACAAACUGUAACUUCUGUCCCUAAAACAACCUUAGAAAAUAAUGAAGACCCCAGAAACUCUCCAAGUGAUGCAUCGCCUACCAGCAAACACAUCCUUCAAUCAUCACCAAGAAGCCAAACAACAUCCACCAUGACACCAGUCAGCUCAUCAGCAAAUGAUGCAGCCAGCCAAUCAUCAAGCACAUCAUCGUCAAAAAACUUUAUGGAAAGCACAAGUGUGUUACUAAUGAGCAACUUAAGAACCCCUGUGAGAGAAGCAGGAAAUCAUGCCAUCCAAUCACUGUCAUCGACCACUGCAACCAGGCAAUCAUCAACCCCAAGUCAAUCACCAGCAGCCACAAUAAAAGACAGCCAAUUACUAAUUUCUAGUUAUUUACCCACAAAUACAAUACCAUCCAGUCAGUCAACAACUAGGAAUUCCCAAACAACCACAACGGAAUCUUUCCAAUCACAAACAUCAACUACACCAGUCAAUCUGUCACCAACAAACAAAACACCCACAAGCCAAUCACCAACUACUAGAAAACCAGUAAAGCAAACACCAACUGCUACAACACCAAUUAGCCAGACAUCAGUGUGGACAACACCAACCAGUGAACCAUCAAGAAGCACUGCACUAGUGAGCCAAUCAGAUAAAACCACAGCAUCAGUCAACAAACCAUCAAGAGCAACAGUACCAGUCAGCCAAUCACCACAUAUCAAUAAACCUCCAAUCCUAAAACCUAUUCUAAAAACGUUUUCUGACCAUCCAGCAGGUGGCACAAUGAAAACGUAUCAAUCGUCCUCAACCUCAACACAGCAAAGCCCAACAACAGUCAUGGGAGGUUUAAACCAGUCAUCACACAAACUCACACACAGUCAAUCAUCCUCGUCUGUAUUUCCUGAACAUCCGUCCAAGACCACCUCGCAAACUCCGAUCAGCUCGUCGAACAACUCACAAUCUUCAAACUACACCUCAUCCAGUGAGACAAUGUCUGCAGAGGAGCAACAAGUAGAUACACUGCUUCUCAACAAACAGGGAAAGGAAGUCGUGAAGAUGUCUUUGCGCAGGGGUUCAGACUCAUGCACAUUUCCCUGCCUGAAUGGAGGACAAUGUGUUCAGUCUGAGUCUUGUGACUGCAGUUUGUAUCAGGCCACGGGGCGAAGAUGUCAGACAGUCCCAAACCCAGGAUUUGAAAGGGAGAUGACCUGCAGGUCCUGGGCUCAGUACAACUUUGAGACCUUUGAUGGCCUUUACUACUUCUUCCCUGGCCGUUGCACGUACACACUGCUGAAGGACUGUGAGGACACUAGCCAGGCCAACGUCGUUGUUCAAGUCCAUAAUGAUCCAGAAUGUGGUUCUACUCCCUACACUUGCCAACGAUCUGUCAGCCUCUUCCUCCCAUGGGAGGGAGAGGUCAGGCUUUACUCAAACAAUGUGACCUUUAAAGGCCAAAGAUUGCAGCUGCCUCAUCACAUCCAUGACCUGCAGCUGGAGCAAAUCUCACAGUACGUUCUAGUGACACAGCAUCAAGGCUUCACACUGGCCUGGGACGGAGGCAGCGGUUCUGUCUACAUCAAGCUCAGCCCAGAGUUUGUGGGCAGAACCUGUGGCAUGUGUGGAAAUUUCAAUGCAGACGUCCAAGAUGACCUGAAGACGAGCUAUGGUGUGCUGACAAAUGAAAUUGAACUGUUUGGUAAUAGCUGGCUGGAGACGGAGCCACACCAGUCCCAGUGUUCCACGGUGCCCCCUGGAUUUUCUUCACCCUGCUCUGCAGUUUCUGCUCAAGUUUUACUGAAGGUAAAAGAAGUAUGUGCAAUGCUGCUGGAUCCACCCUUUCAGAGCUGCCAUGACUUUGUCAGUCCACUGUCCUACAUGGCCAGCUGCUCUAAUGACCUGUGCAUGUCGAAUCCCAGUGGUGAUGCUGUCUGCCAGGUGUUUACUGAGUACGCCCGGGCCUGUGCCCACGCUGACCACACACUGCACGACUGGAGGCAUCACAUUCCUCAGUGUGAGAAGCAGUGUCCUGCUGGUCUACAGUACAGAGAGUGCAUCAGCUGCUGUCCUGACUCCUGCAGCCUGGAGCGAACAUGUAUAGACAGUAAGCUGACCUGCUUAGAUGGCUGCUACUGCCCAGAUGGCCUAAUCUAUGAGGAUGGAAGGUGCGUAACGCCCUCUGACUGUCCUUGUGAGUACCAUGGGAUGUUUUAUCCCUCUGGACAAACUUUGCAGGAGGAAUGCAACAACUGUACAUGUGUCGGUGGAAUGUGGAACUGUACUGACCACAGCUGCCCAGGAGAGUGCUCUGUUACUGGGGACAUGUAUUUCCAGUCCUUUGACGGACGGCUCUUCACCUUCCCUGCAACAUGUCAGUACGUUCUUGCCAAGAGUCGAAACUCAGGAAGGUUCACAAUCACCAUCCAGAAUUCCCCCUGUGGAGCAAAUCUAGAUGGGGCCUGUAUCCAAUCAGUCAACCUGGUGGUUGAUGAGGAUCCGAAAUCCGAGAUAACACUGAGUCAUGUUGGGGAGGUCUUCAUGGCCGGACAGUACCGCAUCUCUCUGCCCUAUUCUGACGACGUCUUCCUUGUCCAGGAGUUGUCCUCCAUGUUCCUCCAGGUGAAGACAACAUUUGGCCUGCGUCUGCAGUACAGCUGGAAGGACUUUCGUCUGUACUUGCAGGCAGAUGAGCGUUGGAAGGAUGACACCGUGGGGUUGUGCGGCACAUUUAAUGGAAACAUUCAAGAUGAUUUCCUAUCUCCAUCAGGAAUGAUAGAGAGCACUCCUCAGCUCUUUGGAAAUGCUUGGAGAGUCUCAUCAGCCUGUUCAAACAGCUUGAGUUCACCUCAGCUUGACCCAUGUGACACACAUCAACAGGCCGUAACCUAUGCCUCAGGGAUGUGUGACAUCUUGAACCAGGAUCUGUUCUCUGCCUGUCAUGAGUUCCUCAGUCCGGCACCUUUUCAUCAGCAGUGUCGCUCUGACACCUGUAAGUGCGGGACACCAUGCCUUUGCUCUGCGUUGGCCCAUUACGCUCGAAACUGUCGCAGAUUUUCUGUGAUCGUCGACUUUCGAUCUCAUGUGUCCGACUGUGCCGUCACCUGUCCUGCCAACAUGCAGUAUGGCACCUGUGUAUCAUCCUGCCAGAGCCGCUGCUCUGCCCUCUCCGUGCCGCAGCACUGUGGGGAGGAGUGUGAGGAGGGCUGCGUCUGCCCUCAGGGAUCAUUCUACAGCCACCGCACACACACCUGUGUGCAAAGGAGUGAAUGUCCAUGCAGCUUCCUGGGAGCAGAUUAUGAACCAGGAGAUGUGAUCAUGACAUCAGCUGGUGUUCAACUCUGUCUGAAUGGUAAACUUGUGUCUCAGACCACGAACAGUGACAGGUUGUGUCCAGCUGGUCAGCUUUACCAGGACUGCUCAGAGGGAGAAGACGGCUUCCUGUCAGGAAGGGGCGUGGCCUGUGAGCUCACCUGUGAGUCGUAUCUGCUCAACCUCACCUGCUCAACACAUGAGCCCUGUGUAGCUGGAUGUACCUGCCCCCCUGGUCUGCUGAGACAUGGGGACGAGUGCUUCGAACCGGUGGCCUGCCCUUGUUUAUGGAAGGGAAAGGAGUAUUACCCAGGAGACAGGGUCUCCGCUCCCUGCCAUGACUGUGUCUGCCAACACGGGACGUUCCAAUGUGUGUUUCGACCCUGUCCGUCCAUGUGUACGGCUUACGGUGAUCGCCACUACAGGACGUUCGACGGCCUCUUAUUUGACUACGUUGGAGCAUGCAAAGUCUUUCUUGUGAAGAGCAGUGAGGGUAUGCCGCUCAGCGUUACAGCUGAGAACAUCAACUGUUUUGAGAGUGGAUUCAUCUGCAGGAAAUCACUGGUGGUCACUGUUGGACAGUCUUCUAUAGCUAUAGAUGAAGACAAUGGAAACCCUAAUCCAUCGAGUGUGAUUGACAAGAAGCACAGGAUGUUCAUCUGGCCAGCUGGAUACUUUACAGUGAUUCACUUCCCUGAUGAGGACAUCACUGUCCUCUGGGACCGUAAGACCACAGUCCAUGUCCAGGUUGGACCUCGCUGGCAGGGGAAGCUGAGUGGUCUGUGUGGGAACUUUGACAUGAAGACAGUAAACGAAAUGCGGACGCCUGACAACAUUGAUUCUCCCACUUCCCAAGAGUUUGGCAGCAGCUGGACCGCAGCAGAGUGUGUAAACAGUGCAGACAUCAGACAUCCCUGCAGCCUCAGUCCACUCAGAGAACCCUUUGCAAAGCGACAGUGUGCAGUCCUGCUUAGUGAGGUCUUUCAGGCCUGCCACCUAGUGGUGGAUGUUACCUGGUUCUACAUGAACUGCCUAUCAGACACUUGUGCCUGCAGUCGAGGAGGUGACUGUGAGUGUUUCUGCACCAGUGUGGCAGCCUAUGCCCAGCGCUGCUGUCAUCAGGGCGUUCCUGUGGACUGGCGUUCUCCAUCUCUUUGUCCAUAUGACUGUGAAUACUACAAUAAAGUCUUGGGUAAAGGCCCCUUCAGACUCAUCCCAUUCAGAGACCAGAGCACUGUGUUGGCAGCCAGCAGGUCCAGUGGUUCAGUGUUCUUUCAGCGGGGGAACAUCACCAGCUCCAGCACAAGUGACAUCAUGUCUCAUUUCAUGAUGACACCAGGUCUCAGCAGAGCAAGACCACACGACACAUCACGACUGUCCUUUGAGGCAGUGGACAGACCAAACUAUUUCCUGUAUGCAAGCCCUGAUGGCCAGGUGAAGCUGGCCAAGUGGGAGGAGAGUGAAGCAUUUUGGGACGGGGCCACCUUUGUACUCCACAGGAACACCUGGAUUUUUGGCUACAGCUCACUGGAGUCCCAUGCCAAGUCUGGAUUUUUCCUGCACACGAUGCUGCCUCGACUCCACCUGCUGAAAUACAGACAUACUGACAGUUUUCGCAAGGCCACACUGUUCAGACUGACAGGUUCCAGUUCUGAGGCUCCACCACAACCUCUCUGUCAGUGGAGAUAUGAGUCCUGCAUCAGUCCGUGCUUUAAGACCUGCAGUGACCCUUGGGCUGAAGCCUGCGUCAGCAUCCCAGAAGUGGAGGGCUGCAUUCCUGUUUGUCCUCCACACAUGGUCUUGGAUGAGGUCACUCGGCGUUGUGUUCAUGUUGAAGACUGCAUCAACAUCCCUGUGGUAUUAAAACCACCAACACCUUCUUCACCACAGUCGACGUCUGCAGUCACCUCUAGCACAGCCGCCUCCUCUCCUCUCUCCAGUACAGUCGUCUUGACCAAACCCUCCACAGCUCCACACACUGGUCCAAUCACCAAGUUUACCUCCACUCUGCCUGUUGUUGUCAGCACACAAACCCCUUCCACAACUACGCCGACUGUCUCUGACAAGCUAACACAACCAGAUACGACAUCUUCGCCUCCAUCUCCACAACUGUCAACAACACCGAGAACUGUAGCGCCUCCUGUCUGGACAGAGGUGGUAGAGCAGUCAUCUACAGUAGAAGUGUCCACAGCUUCCUCCACUGUAUCAGCGAGAACAAGACAAACGUCCACUAUUAGCCCCUCUGACCGUAGCUCUCCCAGGACAAGCAGUGCUCCGCUCACCAGCACAACUUGGAUCACCUCCACCACAAGACCUACAGAUCAAUGGAGGCCAUUUAUCACUACUACAGCAACAACCGUGCAGACAACAACACCCACAACAAUCACCACCACAUCCACAGAGCAGCCAGUCACUACCAGUGCUUCCCCUCGUCAUGAAAACACAACAAAGGCUACAACACAUUCACCAGCUGCAAUCUUAACAACAUCUGGUACGGCUGGUGUCUUAAUCUCACAUACAACCACCAGUCCCACAGACACCAGAACAAAGUUUCCCUCAGAGGGGAGAUUAACUCAAACUACAACUGCACCAACGUCCCCAGACUGGUGGAACACAAAUUUGACAACUGUGUCUCCUCUUCAGCCCGUGUCUUUAGUUGAAACAGAAACUGUGCCUUUGCCCUCAGCAACCUCAGCAAAAACCACCAAAUCCUUUACUCCAGUCGCCCCAUUCACUACCAGUAAAACAACUACACCUGUAAGGCCGACUGUGCCGCCUUCUACCUCAGAUAAGAUUCCAUUUACCACCUCCACUAAACAGACUACAUCAAUUACAUCCAAACCAGAGCUACCAUCAUCACCCCGACUGACUACAACUACUGCUACAUCACGGAGAACAGUAAGACCAACAGAGGAAGCACAUGUACCUGCAACUUCUGCUUCGGAAAUUUCACCACACAGUGUCACCACCACCACAGCAUCAACAACUGUAAGUCAGGAGAGAACAGACACAACCUCAAGUCACACUGAGAAAACCUCCUGGUCCACCAUGGUGCCAACUACAAACAGCACCACUAAGACAACAAUUUCAAGAUCUUCAGUGUUUCCAGAAGUGUUCACCACGACCAAAGGUCUCCCUGUCACAACAGAAUUGAGAGAAAGGCCUGAAGCUCAUACAGAAACCACCAGAGAACCACACACACCUUCAACAGAAAGAAUUACACAUGCAACAUCUACUACACCUUCUGAGCAUUGGCGCACAACACCCCAGGUCACCACCUCUACUCCAGUUCACAGGCCAACAGUGACAAUGAAAGAAGAGGAGGUGACUUCAACAGAGACAACCAAAGUACCCAAGCUUUCACAUCCAACAACAGAGAAGACUGUGACUUCUGUGACAUCACAGGCUUCCACUCACUACACCACCCACACUGAGACCUCCUCAGAAACCUCUGCUGUUGAAAUUGUUGCGACCACUACCACGGCGUGGGUUAUACCCCCAACAACUAUACCCAGUGCACCAAAGACAACUCAUACUACAGCAACUACAAGACCUUCAUCAGGUGUUAUCACUACAAUCAGACCUGUUGUCAUACAGCCAGUAACAGAGACCAUACAUCCUUUGACUGGCAGAGUGCAGAUGUCAACGACAACUACAACCAUCCCACCAACAACAACCACUUCAGCCAUUCUGAAACCAACUUCUCCAGAGAGGGUCACCACCCGACUAGUGUCCACCAUUAGAGCAACACCUUCAACGACUACCACAACUACCAAACCGACCACAACUCUUAGGACAACACCAAGUCUUCCUGUAACAACAAGAGUUACUCCAAGGACCCCAGUGACUGAGAGGUCAACCAUCAAGCCUCUCACUACGAGGGUCACUGAAGCCACCAGGACCCCUGUAGUACCCACCAGAUCAACCAGCCCUCAGCCUCCAACAGUCACACCCAGCCCUGGGACAACAACCGUGGCUGUCACGGUCCCUACAUCUACAGUGUCGGUUACUACAACAAGCACAGCUGAACCUGCCGAUGACAUCACAACAGCUCCAGUCCUGACGACGGUACCAGCCGUAGUUCCGGUUCCCACUCUAACCACAGCUGCGUCAUCAACUCCCACUCCCACUCAUGCCAGCAGAGGGACUGUCUCAUCUGUGAGACCAACAACAUCCACAGACACUGACAUGUCACCGUCCGCCUCACAUCUGACAACACCCACACCUGAGGGAAUCAUCACCACCACCCAUGAGCACAGAACACCGUCCUCCUCGACCAUACCUGGAACAAUGACCACCACUACCACCCGCAUCACAGAACCGCAUGGAGUGAAUCACACCAGUCCUGAUGCAACACUACCUUCAAAAACAACAACUUCUCAUGCACUACCGGAAACCACCAGACACACAGACAAGGACACAACGUCCAUACCUGUGGCUCCUACAGGAAUCUGCUCUCCUCCGUAUGCAGAGAUUGUUGAUGAGUGCACAAAAUACAUCUGUGUCAACAACCAGCUCAUCCUGUUCAACAAAUCUCAGAGCUGUCCCUUCACCUCUGAACCUCCAAACUGUGGUCUGCUCGGCCUAGCUGUCCAAGUCAACGGAGACAAGUGCUGCCCUCAGUGGGACUGUCCAUGUCGCUGCUCCAUGUUUCCAGACCUAAGCUUGAUCACAUUCGAUGGAAACAGUGUUGCUGUUUAUAAAGCUGCCUCAUAUAUAGUGAUGCAACUUCCUAAUGAGACCAUCAGUGUUCUGGUUCAGGAGUGUCCUGCUGACUCUGAAUCACCAAUCAUCUGGAAUUUCACCAACCUUUGUCUGGUGGCACUGAACAUUACACACCAGUCCAACAGCAUUGUGAUUAACAGGCUGCAGAGAAGACUCUAUGUUAAUACCCGCUACGCCAAACCACGCUUCAAAAAAUAUGGUUUUGAAAUCUAUGACACCGGCAACAUGUACCUGAUCCGUAGCCCGGCCGGCCUCGGGUUGCAGUGGUAUCACAGCACCGGCAUGAUGAUCAUAGAGACUGACAACUACAGCAAUAAGCUCUCCACCCUGGGCCUCUGUGGUGUCUGUGACGGCGACCCAUCCAAUGACCUGACUUUGGCUAACGGCACCACGGUGGGUGUAGGCGAGGACCCGGCCCUUUUUAUCGAUAGCUGGCAAGUUCCCAACACCACCAGUUACAUCAGCCAGAGCCGCCGCCGUGAGCUGAACUGCUCCACCAGUGACUGUUCCAGCUGCAUGGCCAUGCUGCAGAACCCAGCCUUCCACCCCUGCCACGAGUUUGUCUCUCCGGACACAUUCUGUGAGAUUUGGAUAAAAGAUGCAGAGUAUGUCAACAACCAGUGUGUGGCGUUGGCUGCCUAUGUGGCUUCUUGUCACAAAUUUAAUAUCUGCAUUGAGUGGAGGAGACCAGAUUAUUGCCCCUUUGUGUGUCCUGAUGCUCUGAGGUAUCAGGCCUGUCUGCCAGCCUGCACCUCCCAGUCCUGCACCAACCACGACUUUGAUUCUGACCCAGAAAAGUGUUCAGGCCUGACAGAGGGCUGUGUGUGUCCAGAGGGAACGCUCCUCCACCGGCCGUACUCUGCCCUCUGCAUCUCACCUGAGAAGUGCGCCUGCACUGACGGCUCUGGCAUUCCUCAUGCAAAUGGUGAGGUGUGGAAAGCCUCCAAGGAUGCCUGCUGCAUGUACCGCUGUGAGAACGACACCAUCAUUCCAUUAGAGUACAACUGCUCCAGUGUGGCAGCACCUGUGUGCCAUCGAGCAGGACAGACGGUCAUCAGCCUGGCGGACGACAGCAGCUGCUGCCCACAGAAAAUCUGCGUGUGUAACCAGAGCCUGUGUGACCCGUCUCCUCCUGUGUGUAAAUAUGGAGAGAAGCUGGUGUCGUACUACAGACAGGACUCAUGUUGUCCAUACUUUGUGUGUGAGUGUGACUCUGAGCUCUGUGAGUCAGCUGUUCCCACCUGCAGAGAAGACCAGACUUUAAUCAGCACCAGAGCAGACAACAGCUGCUGUUUGGCCCACAUCUGCAUGUGUGCCUCCUCGUGUCCACAAACUCCUCCACUCUGCCAAGAGGGAGAGGUGCUGACAAUCGACCGGAACUCCACUGACCGCUGCUGCCCCAUCUACCAGUGUGUUUGUGAGCGCUACAGAUGUUCUCAGCCCAGCUGUCCUGUUGGGAUGUCGGUGGCGUCGGUGGCUGUUCCUGGACGCUGCUGCCCCAACCAAACCUGUGAGUGUUCCUGUGAAAAGAUAGCCUCUCCAAAGUGUGGCCUGGGAGAAGCUGCUCAGCUGGACCGUCACUUCACUUUGGACCCACAGAACCAGUGUUCCUGCAAAAGAUACAAGUGUGUACCAGAGGCGGUGUGUGUGUUUGGUGAGCGGGGAGUCCUGAGGCCCGGUCAGACUCUGGUGGAGCAUGGAGACGAUGGUUUGUGUCACAGCCGGCAGUGUAGCCGCAGCCUGGACCCAGCCAGUGGCUUCCAUCUGCUCCGCACCUCCAGCAUGAACUGCUCCACCCACUGCCUGCCUAAUCAGAUUUACAUCCCACCCAGGGAUCAGUCCACAUGUUGUGGUGUUUGUAAGAAUAUUUCCUGCAUCUAUGAACAUGAGAAUGGGACUGCGGCUCUAUAUAAGCCUGGAAGGUCCUGGGUUUCAAAUUGCAUGAAGUUCGAUUGCGCGGACACUCUGUCUGGAGCCACUCUCAUCUCCUACCCGUUCAGCUGCCCUCCCUUCAAUGAGACAGAGUGCAUGAAGAUUGGUGGCAGUGUUGUAAGUUACAUGGACGGAUGCUGCAAAACAUGUAAAGAAGAUGGAAAGUCAUGUCAGAAAGUGACAGUGAGGAUGACGAUCAGGAAGAACGACUGCCGCAGCAACAGACCUGUGAACAUCGUGUCAUGCGAUGGGAAGUGUCCGUCUGCCAGCAUCUACAACUACAACAUCAACACGUACGCUCGCUUCUGCAAGUGCUGCAGGGAGACGGGGCUGCAGCGACGCUCCGUGCAGCUCUACUGCUCCAGCAACUCCACCUGGGUCAGCUACAGCAUCCAGGAGCCCACAGACUGCUCCUGUCAGUGGUCCUGAACACAAGCACUGACACUGACACACUGCCUUAGUUCCUCUGCUGGCAGGGAGGUGGUACUGCAGUCUGCUCUGUCAACAUGAUUGAGCAUUAAUUAAAUUAAAAUCUUUAAUUUUUAACAAUAGUGUGUAAUUUUUAGAUUAGAUUUUACUUUCAGUAAUUAUUAUAACGACAUCCAUUGAUCUUUUCCUUUUUUUGCCAUCAUUAGUUGUAGUAAAAUCACCACAGAGGAAAAGUAGGAAAUGUAGUACAUUUACUUUCAACCAUUUGUUUAUUGUGAUUGAAACAUAUUUACACUAUGGAAGAUAUCUAUUAGUGAAUUACAAGAAAUAUUUUUUUAAUUGUCACUGCUAAGAUGAAAUGUUUAUUAAUAUGUGACAGUGCAGCGGAUAAUUAAUGACAAUCUGACUAUCUAUGUUAAUCUUUCAGAUUACUCACCUGAUCAUGAAAGUCAAAUAAGAGAAGCUGUGGUUAAGAUGACAAAAGGAAUCGUGACAUUUAAAGUGAACUGUUAUUGAUCCCAGUCUUGUGUUAACAGCUGACGUGCUACAACAGGCUGCCUCUUGGAGGCCUCAGGUAUGUGGUUUCUCUGGGAAUCAAGCUCUGUGCUAACCACUACACUAGUGGAACCACUAUUCCAACCAUUGUUGCCAGUUCUGCAGCGCCACCUGCCUGUCAGCUUCCAGAAAAACUCCCAAGCCUUUUGUUAGUUCAGACUUAUUUUGACUAUUGUAUAACAAAGACUUUUGUCCUGCAGUGAUAUGUUUGUGCACUUCCGGUCUUUUGUGAUUUGAGAUUUUUUUUUUCUCCUGAACUAUUUUUGGUUUUUGUAAAUAUUUUUGCUUUAACAUCUAAUGCUGUAACAGACAUAUAUAUAUCAAAUUUUAGAUACAACUAAUAUAAAAAUAAACUGUUUAUCUGCUGAUUUAACAAGUUAUUUAAGUAACCAGUGUUAGUGAGUUGAAAUCAUUGUUUUACACCAGGUAGUUAGUGGAGCACUUUAUUUAUUGGAGGUUGAUAGAACACAGACGUUCAGAUGAUGUGAUGGAAAAAGAAAUAAGGUUGAUCCAAAUGCAGACAGUUUUAAUAGAGAGGUACGGUUGAUUUUUAAGAGAUGCAUGUUUCUCUGUGUGAGGAUUUGUAUCAUAACACGUGUACAUUUCUGCAUUUUCAAUAAAGAUUUUCUCUUGGAAAAAAACCCGUGUUAAUCAACAAAUAUAUAUAUAUGUAUAAUAAACAUAUGUCAACUAAUAACCACCCACUUCCCCUCACAGGUGGUCAGAGUGGAGAAGUGCUGUUCCAUCCUGUACUGUAUGAUGGUAGAUUAACGCAACCUUCUUCGUCUGUUUCCUUCAUUAAACGUAUCUCGUUUUUUACACCAGCCCUCAAACACGGGGAAGUUUUUAUUCUGACUUUAACUCUGAGACGGAGCAGACGUGAGAAUACAACUUUUGGGACUGUUCAGACCACUAACCUUUUCCUCUUUAAUUUCAGAGCCUCAGUGUCCAGUAUCAAUCAAAUACUAAACCAGAUGUGUGAAGACAGACAGUCAGAGGAAGUGAGGUCCGUUAAUCUGCACGACCAACACACUGGCUGGUUUCUCUACGUGGUCGAUUCCUCGCUGCAGCGAGUUGGCACAAGAAAACGGAAAAUGAUACGGUGCUGUGAACCCACAAAAUCCAUGGAGCAGCACUUUAUAGCCGACAGGAGGCCAGUCACCCAGUUUGGUAUGUACACUGAGACUGAGACACAACUGAGUUAAGGCCUGCUGUGCUUCCAUUAAUACACACUAAUUCUACAGAGUUUUUAUUGUUGUCAGACAAAAACAUUUCCAAACAGAUUCAGAUCCAAAAAA